CGGGAAUCGGCAGAUCCCUUAAAGUGGUGGCUCAAAACUCAGAAAGGACCGUUUGCUUCUCCCCAAAAUCUCACCCUGAUUUCUUCCAUUCUCUCUCUCUCUUUCUCUCUCCUCCGCUCCUCUCCUCUCCUCUCCUCUCUCGACAAAAUUUCUUCCGGAAACGAAAACAAACAGAAAAACAAUUAACAAGAACGCAAAUUAUCAGAGAAAAUUGAUGCGAGAAGGAUUGAAAGAGACUGCCAUAAAAGAAAACAAGAGACCUUGUUUAUUUCCUUGUAUUUUUCUGCAUUUUUGAUAAAACCCAUUCGUGGUUCUGAUCUAUAGUCGCGUGAACGAAUGCAAAGAAACCCAAAGAAGGGUUUUGAAUUGUGGGAUUAAUCGUAGCAUUCCAAAAUCCCAUCUUAAAUGGGGGGAUUUUCUGACAAUGUUCAUGGACUUAUCUUAGCUCUGUCGUCUAGCAUUUUUAUUGGAUCCAGCUUUAUUAUUAAGAAAAAGGGUCUUAUGAAGGCUGCUGCCACUGGAAAACGAGCAGGUUCUGGAGGGCAUUCAUACUUGUUGGAACCAUGGUGGUGGGCUGGGAUGAUAACAAUGAUUAUUGGUGAGGGGGCGAAUUUUGCUGCUUAUGCAUAUGCUCCAGCAAUCCUUGUGACUCCAUUGGGAGCUUUGAGUAUUAUCUUCAGUGCAGUGCUAGCCCAUUUUAUCUUGGAGGAACGGUUACAUAUCUUUGGUGUGGUUGGCUGUAUCCUCUGCCUUGUCGGAUCAACCAGUAUCGUAUUACAUGCCCCUUUAGAAAGGAAAAUCACCUCUGUCAAGGAGAUCUGGUACCUAGCAACCGAGCCAGGAUUCAUUGUCUACACCUGCAUAGUUAUAGCUCUGGUCUUAGUCCUUGUCUUUCGCUACGUGCCACGUUAUGGACAGUCACAUAUGGUCGUCUACAUUGGAAUUUGUUCCCUCACGGGGUCACUCACGGUUAUGGGUGUGAAAGCUGUUGGAAUAGCUCUGAAGCUUACGUUUGAAGAAACAAAUCAGUUUAAGUACUUCCAGACAUGGUUUUUCACGAUAUUUGUCGUCAUAUGUUGCAUUUUUCAGCUGAACUAUCUGAACAAGGCACUGGACACCUUCAAUACAGCAGUAGUUUCACCCGUGUACUAUGUCAUGUUCACGACACUCACCAUUCUAGCUAGCAUGAUCAUGUUCAAGGACUGGGACCACAACAAUGCGACGCAGAUAGUAACAGAACUAUGCGGGUUCAUAACCAUCCUCUCGGGGACUUUUCUCCUGCACAAGACCAAAGACAUGGGAGGUGGAACCUCGACAACUUCCCAAGCUGUCAAUUCCUCGAAUGAGAAUGGAACCAGAGGCGACAAUAGAAGUCAAGAAUCCAAUGUUUGAAGAAUGGUAAUAUGCUUAUAGAAUUCAUCAUAUCUGUGGAUUGUGAAAAUGGGAAAAGGAACAAACUAUGAGAACCAAGAUGUGAGGGAGCAAGCUUGCUGUGUGGGGCGUUUUCUGGGCUUUAUGCUCUUACUUUGACUCGGAGCCACUUUGCAGAACACAUAAGAUGAGUUUCAACUUGGUGAAGUUGCCUGCCCCCACCCCAGUAAAUAAAAGUCGGCAAGAAAGCAUUAAAAUGAAAUGGCAUUUUAGAGUAGAGAAGUCUUAGCUCUAUGAUUAGAUUUUUCAACUCUUUAUCUGUUAGCUUAGCCCAAUAGUUGCUGGUAAAUGUUGUUCUAUUUCUAUUUGUAUCCUUUUCUAAUUUCUGCCGUAAAAGGGUAAAUUUCCAGAUCAUAGGGAUGGCAAUGGGAUGUGCUCAAAAUUCUCAAAUCCAAGUUUUGGGUUUGAAUUUUUAUUCUUUUGCCAAACGCAUUUGAGAAAUGCAUUUGGUGUAUGUAUAUACAUCAGACACAUUUCCGAAA